GUGUUGAUAGAGCUUCUCAAAUCCGUGCGAACGGGGGUCAGGAGAGAAUGUAAAUACAGGCGCGUCACAGUCGUUCCCUCUGAAACUCAAUAACUGGCCACUGGAGGGCGCGCCAGGACAGCAAUCUAUCCUCCGCAAAUGUGAAAUUUCCACCGCAAGCGUCUGCCAUGCAGCCCGUAAACACCGGGCCCAGAAUUCGUCCACAAUACACUGCCUUAGGUGACCAUGACAUGCGUUUCUUUGAUAUUUAGGACACAACAACGAAUUCGACUGGACAUCCAAGUAUCUGGGGUACUAAAAGCCACUCGGGUUUAUUCUCUGAUUUUUCAGCAUCACUUAUUCAGCGACAAGUCUUUCAGCAUUAAUUCCAAUUGUUCAGAAGCAGGGUCUCGGUUUAGUGCAGUGGUCCCCUACUCGCCGAGCCAAGGACUGAUGAGCUAAUAAUUCAGAUGUGGCGACGCGGUAUUUCUGAGCAAGAAUACAGCUAUUUGAAUGGAAACUCUAUAGAUUUCGCGAUGAGCGUGCGAGCAAUCGAGGUAAGACGCAUCACAAAACUCGUUGUGGGAUUAGUUAUGGUAAAGUUAGAUCAGAACACUACUGUAGGUACUUAACUAAGAGCUCCAGCGCUAUAACUCGCUUCAAGCAGAAUCUCUCCGGCUGGAACAGAGGAGGCUUUCAAGUACAGCACCAGGAGAAAAGGACAGUGGCUCACAAGCUUUUGACAGAUAUUCUUGGUAAAAAAAAAAAGGUGGAGGUGGAGUAAGAACGCAGCAGAUGAAGCGAGCAGGUUGUGCUGGCAAUAAUAACGCGCCGUCACAACAUUCAGUCACCAGUCCCACAGGGCUCGGAACAGAGCGCUUUUCCCACGCCUCGCUUUCUUUCAACAGACUUCUGCAGCGCGGAGUUUCGCCGGCCCUGCAGUACAAACGCGUCCCUGUCGGAACACAAUUAGAAUUGAAUGAAGCUGCGGCUGCUUUUCAUCGAACCUCACUGCGAACACAGAGGACCUAGCGCAGCGUUAACCCUUUAUCCGGAAACCCUCCCCCUCCGGACUGCCAUUGGCAGAUUCCCGUCUAAAACAGAAGGAUUCGGCCCUAUUGGGUAAAGUUUUUAAGACCGGCUUUUAAACUCCGUUUAUCUCUGCUCUUGCGUUCAUAGAAUCCCCAAAUAAAGGGGCUUUUAAAGGCUUAGGCGCUUAGUUCACACACAAAGCCUGUGUCUGGACUCAACGCGAUGGGACAGAGUAACAUUUCCAUAUCGGCACUUGUGACUGCUGGUCACUAAUAAUUCAAUUAAACAUGCACACCUAUAGAUAAAAACGCGAUCAAUGCCGUCUUUUAAAAUCUGAUUUAUACCCAAGUUUGUUGCGCAAGUUUUUGACUGCGGAUCCGUGCGUCCCGUUUGGACAAUUAGGGACUACUGGGAUGUAAAGUUCACUCCACGCGCAGUAUAAAAAAAGAGAAUGUUAAGUGGAAGAAGACGAGAGCUGCUUUUGACCUGCGUGGGUCUGGCGCUGCUUGUCGCCCUUUCGCGAGGACAGGACACAGAGACGAGCAGGAGUGUCCCGCGCGUGCCCGUGCAGGAGACGCCGCGGGUCGCGCGGCAGCGCACCUCGGACCGGCCGGGCUCCCUGAACUCUCCGGGGGAGCCGAUUGUCGCGCCAAGAGCGAAAACCAAAAUCCCCAAAAUCAAAGCACCUGCAAAAGUGAGGAGCGAAGCGACGAAUUCUACCAAAAAGAAUAACAAAUUACCUGGGCCCAACGUCUGUGGCGCCGCCUGCUGUGCUGGAUGGACUGUGGCCCCGAAGACAAAAAAAUGCACAAAACCUCGGUGUUCCCCCCGCUGCGCCAAUGGUGGGAUCUGCAAGCGCCCCCAGGUGUGCCUUUGUAGAGCCGGGUUCGAGGAAGAAAGGCAGAAGCACGUGGAGGCCGAGCGUGGCAAGCUGCUGUCCGGCACCCUGUCGGGAGACAAGGGAGGCAGGGUGAAAGCCAUCCAGACCCAGCGGGGGGAGUAUACCAUCUACCGGACCACAGUACCAGGUGAACAGCCAGGCUAG